GACCGCAACCAUUUGUGUUCUCCCAUGGAAUGCUUCUUCUGGGCAUCCAUGGAAGUUGAAAGUUCAGCAGAACCGUGUCAAGGAAGGAAUAUGCAGGGUUUAACUUGAACUCAGGAUCACCGUAAAACUAGGACUUCUUGGCGCAUGUCUCGAAAUUCCUAUUCUUGUUCGACCGGCCGGUACAUAUUCUGUACAAUCAUAUGCAUCGUAUACUCAUAUCAUUCCUGCCAUCGUGGUGCAUGUGCAUCUAUCACGGCAGACCUGCAUCUCUGUAAGUGUGGCUAUGGCUUAGCUUCAUCAGUUGGCAACGAAUCUCGUUACGAAUGUUGUCUUGUUGACCUAUUUAUGCAUCCGUCGCUUCUACAUUGCCUCUAGUAUAAAGGCUUGUCUUGCUGGAUCGUGUUUCAGUCGCAAUUCCAAGUGAAUUCCACUCAGACAAAUCGCGAUGUCUUCUGUCUUUGUCGCUGCUCUCGUCGGUGCUGCUCUCGUCCAAGCCUCUCCCUCGCUUGUGGCGAGGCAGAGCAUCACGGCUUUGUCGACCUCGCAAAUCGAUGCAUUCACCCCAUUCACCUGGUACGCAAGCGCAGGCUAUUGUCAGGCCUCUGCUACUCUCGCAUGGAACUGUGGAGCAAACUGUCAAGCUAACCCCGGGUUCAAACCUACCGCAUCCGGCGGUAACGGUGAUUCAGUGCAGUACUGGUAUGUGGGCUACGACCCGUCUCUCGAUACUGUGAUUGUCUCUCACCAGGGCACAGACCCUUCCGAGAUCGAGCCUCUUGUCACCGACGGAGACUUUUUCUUGACGAACUUGAACUCGACCCUUUUCCCUGGUAUUGACUCGAGCAUCGAGGUCCACAAUGGAUUCGCCGGCGCUCAAGCAGACACUGCUACUGACGUCCUCGCUGCUGUAGAGUCCACAAUGUCGACAUAUAGCACAACCUCUGUGACUAUGGUCGGUCACUCCUUGGGUGCUGCUAUCACCCUCCUUGACUCUGUGUACCUCCCACUCCACCUCCCUUCGGGCACUACCUUCACAACCUACGGCUACGGUCUACCCCGUGUCGGUAACCAGGAUUUUGCCAACUACGUCGAUGCAAACCUCCACUUGACACACGUCAACAAUGAGGAGGACCCUAUCCCCAUUUGCCCGGGUAUGUUCUUGGGCUUCGUUCACCCCGCUGGUGAAGUUCACAUCCAAGAUUCCGGCGAAUGGGCUGCUUGCCCAGGCCAAGAUAACCCAAGCACGCAGUGCAUCGUCGGUGACGUUCCCAGCAUCACAGACGGUGAUUUGUCAAACCACGAUGGACCCUACAAUGGCGUGACGAUGGGCUGCUAAGCUGAUCAAAUAUAAAUAUGGUUCAUUUUAUCUGGAUCUUACGGAAUGUCACAUCUACAAAAAUCUAAACAAUGCGCAUCCGAACAUACAAGUUUCAAUCGUCGUAUUAGAAUCGGGCUGAACUACUGCAACAUGAACAAGACUUCAUUCA